UACUCCUACUAUCUAUACUCUCUUCACCAAAACAGAAAAACAAACACCCUCUCCCUCUUUUCUAGCAAUCACCUACAACUAAAGCGAGGAGAAGAAGAGACUCCUACUACUAGUAGUAAUAACAAUAGCAAUGGCUUCUUCAUACGAUCAUCUUGAGAACGGCAACCUCAAGGGGUCUAGCAAGGAGAUCAAGCACGGGCGGACAGCACACAACAUGUCUUCGUCCUCACUUCGUAAGAAAUCGGACCUGGCACUUGUGUCCAAGGUGCGGUGCAGCCCACUAAGGCAGGUGCUGACUAACCUUCAAGAGGUUCUCUUGGGCACCAAGCUCUCAAUUCUCUUCCCUGCCAUUCCUCUUUCUAUCAUUGCUCACUACUGUAACUUUGGGAGACCAUGGGUUUUUGCUUUGAGCUUGCUCGGGCUCACCCCACUUGCGGAGCGAGUGAGCUUUCUCACUGAGCAAAUUGCAUUUUAUACUGGUCCAACUGUGGGAGGACUUCUGAAUGCAACAUGUGGUAAUGUAACGGAGCUGAUUAUAGCACUCUUCGCUUUGUGCCAAGGGAAGAUAGAGGUGGUCAAGUGCUCUCUUCUUGGCUCUGUCCUUUCCAAUCUCCUUCUUGUUCUUGGAACCUCUCUCUUCUGUGGUGGUCUCGCCAACCUCCGUCAGGAACAAAGAUAUGAUAGAAAGCAAGCAGAUGUGAAUACAAGCCUUCUGUUGGUAGGCCUAUUGUGCCAUAUGCUGCCUUUGAUGUUUAAAUAUGCUGCUAGCAAUGCUCCUCUCAUGGGUGAUCAGACCCUUCAGCUCUCAAGAGCCAGCUGCAUCAUCAUGCUUAUUGCCUACAUUGCCUAUCUCUUCUUUCAGUUGAAGACUCACCGCCAACUUUUUGAGGCGCAAGAGGAAGACGAUGAUAGUGAUGAUGUUGUCUCCGACGAAGAGCCAGUUAUAGGAUUCACCAGUGCAUUUGCUUGGCUAGCAGGCAUGGCAGCUGUAAUCGCUCUCUUAUCUGAGUACGUUGUGGGCACCAUUGAGGACGCAUCCGAAUCAUGGGGUCUUUCAGUCAGCUUCAUUAGCAUAAUCCUGCUGCCGAUUGUUGGAAACGCAGCAGAACAUGCUGGUGCAAUCAUAUUUGCUUUUAAGAACAAACUGGACAUUUCUCUGGGCGUUGCCUUGGGAUCUGCAACUCAAAUUGCAAUGUUUGUGGUUCCUUCAAGUGUAAUUGUUGCAUGGAUAAUGGGCAUCCGCAUGGAUCUUGAUUUCAACCUCUUGGAGACUGGAUCGUUCUUCAUCGCGGUGUUGCUUACAGCCUUUACUUUGCAAGAUGGAACUUCACACUACCUCAAAGGACUGGUUCUCCUUCUCUGCUAUGUUGUCAUCGGUGCCUGCUUCUUCGUUCUCAAAACUCCACUCCACCAACCACACAUUAUCAACAUGGGCACUGAAUCAUCAUUGGGAAGCACCACCAUAGCUUAAUCAGGUCAGAAAUUGAUUUUCGAUUCGGUGAGUGUCGUUCACCACCACCACCACCACCACCAUCACCAUCAUCAAUCGAGAGCAAUUAGCAUUCAUUCAUUUUGGAUGGGCAUGAUCCUGCUUGAAGCAGUGAUUGCACAAUGGGGUCUGGGAUGUGUUGUCUGUAACUUUGAACAAGGCAGUAAAGGGGAAAAAUCUUCUUCAGUUUUAAGUUGGAGAACGGAUGAAGGUUGGCUGUCUUGAAAGCUUUGGAGAAAGAAGAGAGAAGAAUACAAAGUAUGAUAUGUAUGUAUGGAGAGCUCUCUAUGUUUUUGUUUUGCUGAUUGCAUGGCUUUGAUUUUGCAGUCAUAAUAAAAUAAAAUAAUAAUGUAUUUCACUUGGAAAAAUAAAUUAUCAUUUUAUCUUUUUAUUGUAUUA